AAAAAGGAGGAAGAAAACUCAAGUGAAACUGACUCUGCUAGAACAGUGCCGUGCUUUUCCGCAGAAGGUUAGACCCUGAGAGAGAUGGCUCAGCACCACCUAUGGAUCUUGCUCCUUUGCCUGCAAACCUGGCCGGAAGCAGCUGGAAAAGACUCAGAAAUCUUCACGGUGAAUGGGAUUCUGGGAGAGUCAGUCACUUUCCCUGUAAAUAUCCAAGAACCACAGCAAGUUAAAAUCAUUGCUUGGACUUCUAAAACAUCUGUUGCUUAUGUAACACCAGGAGACUCAGAAAUGGCACCCACAGUUACUGUGACCCACAGAAAUUAUUAUGAACGGAUACAUGCCUUAGGUCCGAAGUACAAUCUGGUCAUUAGUGAUCUGAGGAUGGAAGACGCAGGAGACUACAAAGCAGACAUAAAUACACAGGCUGAUCCCUACACCACCACCAAGCGCUACAACCUGCAAGUCUAUCGUCGACUUGGGAAACCAAAAAUUACACAGAGUUUAAUGGCAUCCGUGAACAGCACCUGUAAUGUCACACUGACAUGCUCUGUAGAGAAAGAAGAAAAGAAUGUGACAUACAAUUGGAGUCCCCUGGGAGAAGAGGGUAACGUCCUUCAAAUCUUCCAGACUCCUGAGGACCAAGAGCUGACUUACACGUGUACAGCCCAGAACCCUGUCAGCAACAAUUCUGACUCCAUCUCUGCCCGGCAGCUCUGUGCAGACAUCGCAAUGGGCUUCCGUACUCGCCACACCGGAUUGCUGAGUGUGCUGGCUAUGUUCUUUCUGCUGGUUCUCAUUCUGUCUUCAGUGUUUUUGUUCCGUUUGUUCAAGAGAAGACAAGAUGCUGCCUCAAAGAAAACCAUAUACACAUAUAUCAUGGCUUCAAGGAACACCCAGCCAGCAGAGUCCAGAAUCUAUGAUGAAAUCCUGCAGUCCAAGGUGCUUCCCUCCAAGGAAGAGCCAGUGAACACAGUUUAUUCCGAAGUGCAGUUCGCUGAUAAGAUGGGGAAAGCCAGCACACGGGACAGUAAACCUCCUGGGACUUCAAGCUAUGAAAUUGUGAUCUAGGCUGCCAGGCUGAACUCUCCCUCUGGAAACUGAGUUACAACCACCAAUACUAGCAGAUUCCCUGGAUUCAGAUCUUCUCUGCCUAGCUCUUACUGGGAGAUUGCAAAUUGCCACAUCUCAACUUGUAAGCAAAGCAGGAAACCUUCUGCUGGGCAUAGCUUGUGCCUAAAUGGAAAAUGGAUGCACACCCUUCCUGAAAUGGCUCCCUUCUGAAUGAAUGACAAAGCAUGUUACCUAGUAUAGUUUUCCCAAACUUCCUCCCAUCAUAGCACAUGUAGAAAAUAAUAUUUUUAUGGCACACUGGGAUAAACAAUCAAGAUUGCUCACUUCCAGAAGCUGCAUAUGACUAGAGGCCUCUUGUGAAUGGAGGCAACAACCCUGCCCAGUAACUGUGGGAGAAGGGGAUCAAUAUUUUGUACACUUGUAGUAGGCCAUGGCACACCAGCCAAGAUGCUCUGCUCAUAGUCAGUAUGUGUGAAGAUCCCCGGUGCGUGGCCUCCACCAUGCAUCUUGAGCAAAUUAGGAAAAGGUACCCUUCGCUUGAGGCAGAUGCAGCCCUUCCCCCGAGUGCAUGGCUUGGAGAGCAGAAUGUGGGCUGCAUAUAAGCACAGUCAUCCCUUUGUCUGGGAAUAUUUGUGCAGGGCACGACAGGCUUGAUAAGUCCAAACACAGAUGACAGUGCUGUGUGGGUCUCUGUCAGAGUUGUGGCUCUCAGCCAUGUAGACACACUCUCCAAAUGGAGUGUUGGAAAAUGUUCUUUCUGUACAGUCUAGAGACUGCUGGGACACUUUCCUUGGACUACUACUUCAGAAACCUCAUAGGAUUUUCUUUCUGGCCAAGAUUUCCUUCUGUAUCACUCCAAGCAGCCUCAGCAGAAGAAGCAGCCAUGCCCAGUAUUCCCGCUCUCCAAAAGAAGUUGACCAGCUUAUAUUUCUCACACUUCUGGGGAACUGGGUGUAAUCCAACCAUCAAAAUAGACCUUGCAAGAAACAGAGUCAUUCUCCAGAAGGAACUGGGGAAAUGAUAGUGCAGAUGAUGAAACUGGGUUCAUCCCAGUUCCAAAGGCUCAGAGAACUACGGGGUUUAAGCUGAGGCAGAGUGCCCCCAUCCUGCAUCCCCCACAAACAGACCACCAGCCAGCUUACACAGGCAUUAACUCUCCACAAUGAGGAGGAAUCAUUCACAGUUGAGCAGGACAUUCAUAUGAUCAUUUGAGGAAGUGUUUCCCUUAUGUGUUAGUAAAUAUAAUCAGCUAACUCUUAAGUCCCCAUGAACAGUCCUAGGCUGGACAGCAGAAAUGGGCUGCAUUUAAGCAGAUAAAGACAUCAGUCCCAGUAAAUGAAUCCAUAGACUCAUCUAGCACCAACUACCAUUAGCACUAUGUUAGGAGCUGCAAGGCCCCAAAAUAGAAGAUGUGCAUAAUGUCUGCCCUUGUGUAGCUCAGGAGACAAUUCCAGCACAGACACUACAGUUAACGCUGAACUGCAGCUGCAAGUAACGGCAUGAACAGUCAAAAAAGACCUUAUGAGGGGGCAGGGCUGAAGCUGGACCUUGAAGGAUGGAUGAAAUUUGGAUAGAGAAUGAGGAAGACAGAGGGCCUCCAAGUGAGAGAAGCAUGAAAAAUGAGCAGGGGCCUGGAUCAGUGGGGUGUAUUCAGAGCACUUCUCCAGAUGCAUGCUCACAGUCCCUUGCCUAUGUGUGGCAGAGUGCCCCAGCCAGAUGUGUGCCCUCACCCCAUGUCCAUUUCCAUGUCCUUCAACGCCCAUCUCAAAUGGUACCUCUUCUGUAAAGCUUUCCCUGGUAUCAGGAGUCAAAAUUAAUCAGGGACCUUUUCACACUGCUGUUUUGCUGUUUCUUCCCCUUUGGUCCUUCUAUCACUAAAACUCAUCUCAUUCUGCCUUACUGCAUAACUAAUUAUUUGUUUUCCUCACUACAUUGUACAUGUGGGAAUUACAGAUAGACAGAAGCCAGCUGGGGGUGGUGGUUCACGCCUGUAAUCCUAACACUUUGGGAGGCCAAGGCAGGCUGAUCACCUGAGGUCAGAAGUUCAAGAUUAGUCUGCCCAACAUGGUGAAACUCCAUCUCUACUAAAAAUACAAAAUUAGCCAGGUAUGGUGGCACACAUCUGUAGUCCCAGCUACUCUGGAGGCUGAGACAGGAGAAUCGCUUGAACCCAGGAAGUGGAGGUUGCAGUGAGCUGAGAUCACAUCACCGCACUCCAGCCUGGGAGAGACAGAGUGAGAUUCCAUCUCGGAAAAAAAAAAAAAAAAAGAUAGAAGCCAAUAAACAUGAUGCAAUCAAAUUCUGGCAAGCAUUAAAUAUCAGGAUGCAGCUGGGCAUGGUGGCUUACACCUGUAAUCCCAGCUCUUUGGGAGACCAAGGCCGGUGGAUCACUUGAAGUCAGGAAUACGAGAGGAGCCUGGCCAACAUGGUGAAACCACUUUUGCACUUAAAAUACAAAAAAUUAGCUGGAUGUGGUGGUGCACACCUGUAAUCCCAGCUACUUGGGAGGCUGAGGUGGGAGAAUCGCUUGAACCUGGGAGAUGGAGGCUGCAGUGAGCUGAGAUCCUGCUACUGCACUCCAGCCUGGGCAACAGAGUGAGACUCUGUCUCAAAAGAAAUAAAAUAAAAUAAAAAUCAGGAUGCAUACAUCAGAGGCUGUUCUGAGUGUAAAGGCAUUUCGGAGGGAGAAGACUUUCAGAGUUAGGCAGACCAACUAAGAGGUCAGCUGAAGCACCAAACCAGUUGUAAGGAGGUGAAAGCCAGCACCCCAAGAAAAGAUGUACAGAAAGGAAUAAAGAGGCUUGGUCGUAAAGGAUGGAGAAGCUCCAAAGUGACACUGAAUAGGCUGCGUUUCUCCUAAAAUAAAACCACUCCUCACUCUG